AUGGUCGCCCCGGUCGUUGUUCCAGUGAUCCAUGAACAACCCGCUAAUCAGAACCCGGUCGAAGUCCCGGCGAAAGGACCGAAGAUAGGCGUUCCGGAUAAGUUUGAUGGCACGAGGGGCGCCAAGGCCGAGGUCUACGUGACUCAGAUCGGCCUCUAUGUCAUAUCCAACCCUCGCUUGUUCCCGGACGACCGCAGCAAGUUAUUCGCGGGUCAGCCAAUCUCGUACGUCGAAUUCUCCACCGCCUUUCAAAUGAUGUACUACGACACCGAACGACGACCACGCGCGGAGAAGGCGCUUCGCCAGCUCAAACAGACCAAAUCGGUUGCCCACUACACCUUCCAGUUCAACCAGUAUGCCCCGGAUACAGGAUGGGAGACCGCGACCCUCAUGAGCCAAUACCAGCAAGGACUCAAGAAGGAUGUUCGGCUCGCCUUAGUUAUCGCGAGGGCCCAAUUCACGGCGCUCUCCGACCUCGCCAACCUCGCAUUGAAGAUCGACAACGAAAUCAACGGCACUGAUUCCGCUCCCAUCGACGCUACCCCCACGCCGGACCCAAAUGCCAUGGACCUCUCGGCGAUGAAAGGACACCUUGCCACAACCGCCCCACACGCUACAUUUCUUAUUGACUCAGGAGCCACUCACGAUGUCUUGAGUGAAUCAUUCACCAAGAGGCUGGGCCUCACCACUAGACCCGCAGGGAUUGAGCGGACUAUCACCGGAUUCGACGGGUCCCAAAGUCUUUCAUCCCGCGAAAUAGACCUAAUUCUCGACAAUGACCCGACGCAUUCAACUUUCAUAGUAACCAGACUCAAAGACUCCUAUGACGGCAUCCUCGGCAUGCCGUGGAUCAAGAAGCAUGGACACCUUAUCGACUGGCGUGGACGCCGGUUCCGGACGGAUUCAUCAGGGGUUGCCACCGCUGACGCGGUGUCGUCUUGUCCGAAAAAAUCCUCGCAGGACGGGGAGGAGCCUGUAGCGGGGAAAGCGAGGACAAUUGACGAGGGGGUGCACACUUGUAGUGUGAUAACGCCCCCGCAAUGUGAGCCCGAUUUCCAUUCUCUUUCAUCAGAUGUGGUAGGGACAACUGGCAAACAGGAUCUCCUUUUAGAACUACCACAACCAGACCACCUGGAUCGCACCGCGGGCGCCACACUAGGCUCAGUGGAAGACAGCAUCGCAACCGCACAGGUUUCUUCUACACCGCCAAACACCUCAAGAGACGGGGAGGAGCCCGUGAGGUCCGCUAGGUUAAAUGACGAGGGGGUGCACGUUUCGUGCGUGAUUACACCCCCGCAAUGUGAGUCCACUAUCCCUCAUUACCCACUGUACCAAUUAGGAACAACUGGCAAGCGGGUACACUUUCUAGGAUUCUCACAGACAAACAGCGGAGCGGCGCCGGAUGUAUGGGCGGCCAAGGCUUUGUGGUCCACAUCGGCUCGAUUAGCGGCAGAGGCGAAAUCCUCGACACCAGCAUUGACGGCAGAAGAGCUAGUGCCAAAAUGCUACCACAGCUACUUGCAUAUGUUUUGCAAGUCGAAUGCUCUGCGGCUACCCCCCCGUCGAAAGUAUGAUUUCAGAGUAGAGUUACUUCCAGGAACGCUCCCACAGACCAGCAGAAUCAUCCCCCUAUCCCCAGCCGAGAAUGAAGCACUCGACACACUCAUUAAAGAAGGCUUGGAAAGCGGCACCAUAAGACGGACAACUUCCCCUUGGGCGGCACCGGUACUAUUCACUGGGAAGAAAGAUGGCAACCUAAGGCCAUGUUUCGACUACCGCAAAUUAAAUGCAGUGACAGUCAAAAACAAGUAUCCACUACCUCUUACAAUGGACCUUGUGGAUAGUUUGCUCGACGCUGACAAGUUCACUAAGCUAGACCUACGCAACGCUUACGGUAAUCUACGGGUGGCAGAAGGCAACAAAGAAAAAUUAGCGUUUGUUUGCCGGGCCGGACAAUUCGCGCCGUUGACAAUGCCAUUCGGGCCCACAGGGGCGCCGGGCUUCUUUCAGUUCUUCAUGCAAGAUAUUCUAUUGGGAAGGAUUGGGAAGGACGUUGCGGCGUACUUGGACGAAAUCAUGAUCUACACCCAGAAGGGCGUGGAGCAUGAGGCAGCGGUUAGUAGUGUCUUAGAUACUCUCAGCAAACAUCAACUUUGGCUCAAACCAGAAAAGUGUGAAUUCUCGCGCUCGGAGGUCGAGUAUUUAGGCCUACUGAUAUCAUGCAACCGAGUGCGCAUGGACCCGGCAAAAGUGACUGUGGUGUCCGAAUGGCCAGCCCCAGUGACAGUGACCGAAUUGCAAAGGUUUAUAGGAUUUGCCAACUUCUACCAACGUUUCAUAGGCGAUUUCUCCAAGAUCACCAGGCCUCUGCAUGAUUUAACACGCGCGGACAUACAAUUCUUGUGGGACGGACGGUGCCAGGAGGCGUUUGAGACGUUGAAAACCGCUUUUACCACGGCGCCAAUCUUGAAAAUAGCCGACCCAUACAAACCAUUCCUGCUGGAGUGCGAUUGCUCCGAUUUUGCACUAGGAGCAGUACUAUCGCAAGUCUGUGAUAAGGACAAUGAAUUGCAUCCCGUAGCGUACCUCUCUCGGUCCCUCAUACAAGCUGAAAGGAACUACGAAAUGUUUGAUAAAGAACUUUUGGCUAUUGUGGCGGCGUUUAAGGAGUGGCGACACUACUUAGAGGGAAAUCCAAAUCGACUGAAAGCUAUCGUGUACACGGAUCACCGAAAUUUAGAAAGCUUUAUGACGACUAAAAGCCUCACUCGCCGCCAGGUCCGAUGGGCAGAAACAUUGGGCAACUUCGACUUCAAGAUCGUUUUUCGACCAGGACGCCAAAGUGCUAAGCCUGACGCACUAUCGAGACGCCCGGACCUAGCCCCUACGGGGGAGGAGAAGCUCACAUUUGGCCAAUUGUUGAAGCCAGAAAACAUCACUCCGGAGACGUUCACUGCAAUAGCAGAGAUGGGGCCCGACUACGUCGAGGUGGACGACUGCUUCAUUGACGACUCAAUUGACCUCCAAGACGCGGACCGGUGGUUCGAAGUGGAUGUAAUGGGGGUCACGCAUGAGGAGGACAACAGAGAAUUAAUUCCAACGGACGUAGAGUUGAUAAAUUCCAUCCGCAAAGCCACUCUAAAAGACCAAAGACUAAUUCAGUUGAUUGGACAGUGUCAGGACACAUCGGGUGGGACAGAGGAGUGGUGCUUCAAGGACGGCGUACUCUACCGGAGAGGUCUGAUAGAAGUCCCGGCAGACGAGACAAUCAGGACUGCAAUCGUGCAGAGCCGUCAUGACUGUCGUACGGCGGGGCAUCCGGGGAGAGCCAGGACACUGGCGUUGGUACGGCGAUGUUUCAAUUGGCCGUCACAGAAGAAGUUUGUCAACCGGUAUGUUGACGGAUGCGAAUCGUGCCAACGAGUCAAGUCGUCGACACAGAAACCUUUUGGAACGCUAGAGCCGCUACCGAUACCAGCGGGCCCUUGGACGGACAUAUCCUAUGAUCUCAUUACCGACUUACCUGAAUCUAACGGCAGCAACAGUAUACUCACAGUUGUGGACCGUCUCACAAAAAUGGCCCAUUUUAUACCUUGUAAGAAGUCCACGACUGCCGAUGAUUUAGCCGAUCUUAUGCUCCGGUAUGUUUGGAAACUCCAUGGAACACCAAAGUCUAUAGUGUCCGACAGGGGAAGCGUUUUUGUAUCUCAAAUCACCAAGGAGCUCAGUCAGAGAUUAGGCAUCCGACUACAGCCUUCGACAGCUUAUCACCCUCGAACGGACGGCCAAUCAGAAAUUGCCAACAAAUCUGUUGAAACAUACUUGAGGCACUUUAUCGGCUACCAUCAAGACGAUUGGGAACCGUUGCUUGCGUUGGCCGAAUUCUCUCACAAUAACAACAGACACGCAUCAACGGGAAUUUCUCCCUUUAAGGCAAAUUACGGCUUUGAUGUGACAAUAUAA